AUGGGUUUAUCCUUUCCUUUCAUCAUCUUGAUCGUGCGCUUUCUUGUUUCAUUGAUGAUGUUUUAUCUUAUGCUUGCUUCCUCUUCUUCUGGUUUGCAGCCCUUGUGCCAUGAUGAUGAGAGAUUUGCCUUGUUGCAAUUCAAGGAAAGCUUCAUCAUCAAUCAGUCUGCGUCCAAAGAUGCCUCUACUUAUCCGAAGGUUUCGUCAUGGAAGCCUGAUCAAAUCAGUGAUUGCUGCAAGUGGGACGGUGUAGAGUGCAAUAAGGACACUGGUCAUGUCAUCGCCCUUGAUCUCAGUAGCAGUUGUCUCAAAGGUUUUCUCAACUCCAAUAGCAGCCUCUUCCGCCUUGCUCACCUCCAAAACCUCAAUUUGGCCGACAAUGACUUUAACUCUUCUCCAGUUUCGGCUAGUUUUAGGCAUCUUUCAAGGCUAACAAAUCUCAACCUCUCUCACUCUGUAUUUUCUGGCCAAAUCCCUUCAGAAAUUUUCGAGCUCUCCAAGUUAGUUUUCUUGGAUCUCUCAUAUAACCAUCCAUUGUUGAAGCUCCAAAAAUCUGGCCCAAGAGUUAUAGCUCAAAACUUCAUAAACUUGGAAGUACUACAUCUUGAUCAGGUUGUUAUAUCAUCCAACGUACCCAAUAUCUUGGCAAACUUAACUUCUUUAACAUCUCUGUCUUUAAGCAAUUGUGACUUGCAUGGUGAGUUUCCCGUGGGAAUUUUCCGUCUACCUAAUCUUCAGCAUCUUGAUAUACAGUACAAUGAAAACCUCACGGGAUGUGUCCCAGAAUUUAACAGAACUAGCCCCCUUGUAUCAUUGAAACUUGGAUACACGAACUUCUAUGGUGAGCUACCAGAUUCAAUUGGUAACCUCAAGUCCUUGGUUGAAUUUAAUGCAUAUUUUUGCAACUUCUCAGGUGAAAUACCAUCUUCACUAGGUAACCUUACCAAUCUAAUUGGUUUACGACUUCAAUCAAAUAGGCUGCAAGGUUCAAUUCCACAGUCAAUAUCAAGGCUUGUAAAUCUUGAAGUUCUGUAUCUCCAUGAUAACAAUUUGAGUGGCACGGUGGAGUUUGAGUUGUUUCUGAGACUUAGGAACCUCCUUCGUCUCUGGUUAUAUGGAAACGAUAUUUCAUUACUUACAAAGCCCAGUACCAACUCAACUUUUCCAAAAUUUAGGAUAUUAUUCAUAGCUGAUUGUGACUUGGGUGAGUUCCCAGAGUUUCUGAGGAACCAAGAUCAAUUGGAGGCAUUGGAUCUUAGUGGAAACAAAAUUCACGGCCAAGUUCCAAAAUGGAUGGGGAAUGUAAGUAUAGAAACUCUCUGGGCUUUAGAUCUGGAACGCAACUUUCUCACCGGUUUCAACCAACUUCCGGUUGUACUCCCCUACGUUAAUCUAAAUUAUCUUGGGCUUGGUUCUAACAUGCUUCAAGGGUCACUGCCAAUCCCACCACCUUCCAUUGCUUACUUUUCGGUCUCAAACAACAGACUGAUUGGAGAAAUACCACAUUGGAUUUGCAAUCUAAGUUUAAUAACUAAUCUCGAUUUGUCAAGCAACAACUUGGGUGGCGUUCUUCCUCAAUGUUUAGGAAACUUGAGUGAUUCUCUCUCAUUGGACCUACACGGUAAUAACUUUCAUGGAACCAUUCCUCGGAUCUGCGAUGAAACAAACAAAUUGCUGAUGAUUGAUUUCAGCCAAAAUCAUUUACAGGGACGUGUACCGAGAUCAUUGAUCAAUUGUACCAAUCUUGAAGCUGUUAACCUUGGUAACAAUCAAAUACAUGAUAUUUUUCCUUCCUGGUUGGGCAUUCUUCCAAAGUUGAGGAUUCUCAUUUUGAGAUCUAAUAAACUCUAUGGUACAAUAGGAAGUUCUGAUAGCAAUUUCGAUUUCCAGAAAUUGCACAUCAUUGACCUCUCAAAUAAUGAUCUUACUGGCAAGUUGCCCUCUGAACACUUCCUAAAUUGGAAAGCCAUGCAAAUCGUCGAUGCUGAGAGCUUAAAGUACGUGGAGGAAAGCCAUAUUAUGGUGACACUUGCAGGAGAAAGAGUGAGCCGUCGCCACUCUUACUCAAUGACAAUGAUCAUCAAAGGCAUGGAUACACUAUAUGAUAGAGUCCCUGAUUUCCUAAUAGUUAUUGAUCUCUCGAACAAUAGAUUUGAUGGAGAAAUUCCAGAAGUGGUGGGGAAUCUGAAAGGACUUAAUUUGCUCAACCUUUCCUCAAACUUUCUCACAGGGCCUAUCCCUUUUAAAUUGGCAAACUUGACCUGGCUAGAAUCAUUGGAUCUAUCUCAAAACAAGUUGUUUGGUGCGAUCCCUCCACAACUAACAGAACUCACUUUUCUUUCACACUUUAAUGUCUCCCAUAAUCGCUUGACAGGACCUAUACCACAUGGGAAGCAAUUCGACACAUUCAGCAGCAGUUCGUUCAGUGAGAACCCUGAAUUAUGCGGUAACCCUUUGCCAAAGAAAUGUGGGAAUCCUAAGGACUCACAGCCUCCAUCUUCAAGCCACAACUCAACAAACCACAACUCAGAGUUCUCAUUUGAAUUUGGUUGGAAAGUAGUCGCAACGGGAUACGGAUGUGGAUUCGUGUUUGGAGCUGUGUUUGGGCAAAUCAUGAUCACAAAGAAGUAUGGUUGGUUUAUGAAGACGUUUGCAAUUGGGCAGCCGACACAUAGAAGGGUGAAUUGGAGGGGCCGUAGAAAUUAA